GUGUCCGAUCCACUCAAACACGAGCAGAGCGGGACACAAGCGGAGAAGGCUAAAGGACAAGGGACAACGCGGAAGAAGCUGGAAACACCGGGGAAAGUUUACGUUUUAAAGAGGGAUUUGGUCGACUGGGGAUUCUGGGACGGGGGGAAAGCCCGUAAGGGGAAAGUCGAGAUCGGCAGGAGCAUCAGACAUGAAUCCGAGGUGUUGGUCUGAAGUCGAUGCUGGAUGCCAUGGAAGUCCCAAGUCAUGCUAGGCACCUCCUCUUGCAAUUGAACACACAACGAACCAAAGGCUUUUUGUGUGAUGUUAUCAUCGUGGUGCAGAAUGCACUGUUCCGUGCUCACAAGAACAUCCUGGCAGCCAGUAGCCUCUACCUUAAAUCUCUUGUUGUUCAUGACAACCUUAUCAAUCUGGACCAUGAGAUGGUCAGUCCAGGUGUGUUUCGAGUCAUUCUUGACUAUAUCUACACAGGACGUUUAAGUGAAUGUGACCCCACCUCUCCAAAUGAGCCUAAUAUAGGGGCAGUGUUGGCAGCUGCAAGUUACCUGCAACUUCUGGAUCUGGUCACCCUAUGCAAAAAGAAGUUGAAAAGGAAGUACCAUUUACGUCCUAACCCUGCAUUUUCACCUUACAAAUUAGGCCCCAGUGGACCGCUUCGAAUAUCUACCCCUGUCAUUCACACUUACCACACUGGAGGAGUAGUGAUCACCCCUCGACCUACACAAUUAGAGGACCAGCCCUCCAUUCCACUGCCCCCUCAUGCAGGAGAGCUUUAUGCACCAGCUCCCAUAAAAGGUCCACCACCUUACCCCCCAACAAAGGCAUCCUUGUCACCGCAGUCAGGCCUUCGCUUGCCUCCCAAUGAAAGAAAUUGUUCAUCUGUCUUUGGCCUUGACCUGUCCAAGAAAAGCCCAAAUUCCCAGUCCCAGCUUUCUUCUGGCAAUCCCCACUUAAUCUCCUCACUCCACCCAGAUGAGGAGCCUGAAGGCGAGCUUGACCAAAGUACCAGUCCCAUGCUUAGUCCCAACGACGGUUCUAGAAAAAUGGACACAGGCCAUCAUAUGGGGUCUCUCACCCCACACCCCUUCCCACUACCCAACCAUCCACUUGCACCCCAUCUUCCCCACCUGCAUCGUCCUCAGGGACAAGAACAGUACCCCUGCCCUCCCAGCCCAGAACCCAUAGAGGACUCCAGAGAUCAGGGACAAGAUGCUUCCAACAUCUAUCGGUGGGUGAAGAAUGAGCCUUCCAACCCAGAGGAUGAAGAUGAGGAAGAUGAAGAGGAUGAAAGUGGGGGAAUGGGUGAGCAGGAUAAGGAGAGACAUCACCAGCACAUGAACCACCAUAAAAGCAAUGAAGAAAAGCUGAACAUGAAUGAGCGGGGCUAUGACAGAGGGACCUGCGAUGAUGGCGAGGAUGAGAAUGGAACCGGCAGUGAGGAAACCGGAAGCAGUGAAGGUCGUCCAUCUCCCCCUGUACCAGGUGGAAGGUAUCACAUGCCAUAUGAGCCAGAGAGUUUUGGAGAUAACUUGUAUGUGUGCAUCCCCUGUGACAAAGGCUUCCCCAGCUCAGAGCAACUCAAUGCACAUGUAGAAACCCAUACAGAGGAAGAGUUAAACAAUGGGAGUGAGAUGGACAACAGCAAUAACAGCAACAGCAAACCUACUAAUGCCCAUGUACCUACAAGCUUGAACAGCUCUAGUGGCCUCCACAGCCCUUACCAGGAUGGCAAAUUGGCACAAAACCUCCAUUCCAUUGGUCUCGGGGAGAUCAUACGACCAUAUCGAUGUUCUUCCUGCGACAAGUCUUAUAAAGAUCCUGCCACCCUGCGGCAACAUGAGAAAACCCACUGGCUGACACGUCCAUACCCCUGUAGCAUCUGUGGCAAGAAGUUCACUCAACGUGGUACCAUGACACGUCACAUGCGCAGUCACUUGGGCCUUAAACCUUUCGCCUGUGAUGCCUGUGGCAUGCGCUUUACUCGGCAGUAUCGUUUGACGGAACAUAUGCGCAUCCACUCCGGAGAGAAGCCCUAUGAGUGCCAGGUGUGUGGAGGCAAGUUUGCUCAGCAGCGCAACCUCAUCAGUCACAUGAAGAUGCACAGCAGUGGAUCCGCUGGCGGAGGACUAACUCCUGACGGGAAGCUGAAGAUAGACUUCUCUGAGGGGAUUUAUCCUCUGAGCAAGUACACCGCUGAGCAUCUGGGUCUGAAGCAGGAGAAAACCUCAGACCUUCUUGCAGCUUCUCAGCACCUCCUGGCUGAUGCCAAGGCCAUGGAGAGCCUCUACCCGCUGUCAAAACUGGCUGUAGAUCAACUCAGCCUCGCCCACAAAAUGGACAUCCUGAACUCGUCACUUCCACCCACUUCCCAGCAGCUUUCAGCAGAGUCCCGCACCAUUGAUCGCUACUCUCCUAGCUAGAGGGGGGAACCACUAACUUUAAUUUCCAAAGAGACAUCACUGUAUACCAAUCACAGUAUUCAACUCUCACCUCAUCGUCAUAUGGACCUGCACCUCAAAGAAUGGAGGCCAGAAAGAGUUGGCCAUACAAAUGCACACAAACUGUUUAAUUCUGAACGUGCCUUUCUUAGCAGAUUCUGCAGUAUGUGCAUUUCUUAAAAUGACUUUCCUAAAAGGAGUAAAAAUGCUUUAUUUAUAAUCUGUUUUGACCGUUGGACACUCAGACAAUGCAGUAUUUAUAUAAAAAAUAACUUUGUUCAAUUACCGAGCCAAACAACCAAUUGAAAACCAAAAAGAGAUUGUUUUUAUUUAUUUUUUCCUGUGUUUUUUCUUUUUUUAUAUGUUGGAAAAGCCAAAGAAAAAAAUGUCAAAUGUUACAAAUGAGAGUUGCAAUCGUAGCCUAAACCUGUGUACUAAGUAUUAUUGGUGUAUAUAGAAUGAAAAGCACAUAUGAACAAUAUUCAGGGCUUCUGUCCAGAACGGAGAGGGAAAUCUGGACCAAAAGAAAAAGCCAAAUCUUUGGGAUUUUAUAGUAAUUGGAGGACUUUUUAUAGACUAUUUCUCGGAGUACUGGAUCACCUGUAUCUGAUUUUCCAGCUUUGUGAAUGGCCCAGUUUUUUUCCGUACUAAAGGGAGCCACUAACUGAAGAGUGUUUGUUCCAGGACUUAGGUAAAGUGAUCUAAGCUUUUCUCUGCAUUGAUGUAGUUAUCCCCUUCAGCGUGGAAUAAGAGUUCACAGAAAGUGCCGUUUAAUUUUUUUCUGACGGUCAGGUGUAUGGUCUCAAGCUAUUUAGUGUCUUUGUUCCCUUUUCUUUCCUCCAAUGCCAAGUGCCUUUAGCUUACUGAAAAAGUAGCUAGUACUGCCCUGUGAUCUCACAACUGGAAUAUCUCUGCAUAUUCCGAUCAUGAUAUAACAAUCCAUGUCCACGUGUUUCAGUCCAUCUGGUGCGACAGACUAAGCAUGGGUGGUGUCUUUGAAAGUGCAGUAAUAUUUACAGCAGAGUCCAUAUGCCUCGGUUGUAUUGCAGCCGAGCCCUUUGAAAGAUUCUCUGCAUGACUAGAUGUAUAACAAUCGCAACAAAGGCACUUUGUGUAUAUAAACCAAACAGUAACAUUUUGUAGGUCAGUGGUCUCAAACUCAAUUCCCGGAGGGCCGUAGCUCUGCAUAGUUUAGCUCCAACCACCUCCAACUCUCAUCUGCUUAAUAGUCUCCAGUAGUCUUGAACACCUUGAUUAGUUGGAUCAGCUGUGUUUGAUUCGGGUUGGAGCAAAACUGUGCAGAGCUGUGGCCCUCCAGGAAUCCAGUUUAAGACCUAUGUUGUAACACCUUUAAGACUUUUCCUUAUGUAAAAUGUUUGAAAAGGUCUUCUCAGCCCUAUUUUGGCACAGUUAAAUUCAGGCUAACGUGAUGGCUUUAAUCCUGUGGUGCACACAUAGAGCCGCUAAUGUGACAACCAUCAGAACAUGAGGAGCAUGGCUCUCGAUCUGAUACUGUGGGUGCAGAUAGCAGCUGCUGCUCCACUCAGGGUAAGCCCUGUGAAAUUUCUGAUUUUCGAAGACUAUCCGCGCUUGUCUGUCUCACUGAUGUUAGAUUUUCUGCCAGUUGACCAGGCCCUGUGAUCUGAACAUACAGCCUAAUCCCCAGGCUACCGCACUAAUAUACCAUAAGCUACACUUCAAACAAUCAAUCCUUCAUUUCUUUCAACACACAUAAAACAGCAGCCUGUUAUGGUUGCUUCCUUCUUUUGUUUUUUUAUAUCAUCCUUAAAUAGUUUAACAGGGGAUGUCAAUGUUCUGAUGAUGAGACACGACACCUACUGUUUUUUAUUCCAAAGAUUACUCCAUGAUGAUAGAUUCAUCUUUUCCUCAGCCGGACCCUAAGUGAAAAACAAAAUUGUUAACCACUAGUUAACAAUUACAACCUCAGCUGGUGAAUGUGAAAACUUAAACCACAAAUGCACUGUGAAAAAAACUAGCUUUAGAGCUUAGUGAAUAUUAAACAUGUAAUUUGGGACAAAUUACCUGGGCUUUACUCUAUUCUGUUUGUUUUUUGAUCAUACCGAACUCUCUUAAUCAAAGCAAAAUGACAUUGGUGCUUACCUCAGGACUGAGCCUAUCAUAGUGUGGGUGACACAAUGCUUUAGCAAUAGUUUAAUACAAAAACUCACAUAACUGCUCUCUGUCUUAUACAGUAAAACUCAAGCACACUUUCUGAAGGGAUUCUUAAUGUUUUUUUUAAACCUGUGGUGAUUUUCAAUGCUAAAAUGUAUUUUUGAAAUGAUUAUUUGAUUGUUUUUUUUCUGAUUAGCCUAUGCAACUGUCUGUUUUUACAUUACAGAAAAUACUGUAGUUACACAAUGAAAUGGUAAAUGAUUGAAUUACCAUAAAAGGAAAAUUUGUAAAUUAAAAAUGAUUUCUUGAUAAGAA